AAUGAGAACUUUCUUAAUGAGUAUACGUCGGUCAUUGAUUUACAUGGUUUCGCCUAGCAAAGCUGGACAAGAAUGAAAUACCGGAAAAUGUUUUCUUGAAUUUGUGUUCCUUACAUAGAAACCAUUACAGUGCUCUGUUCUUCAGAAUGGUACUUGGUACUUGGCCACCUUCCAAGCUGAAAAAUAAAGGACACCCAUGGCAGCCGGCCACGACCACGACCACCAAAAUGGCCUCAUCGUGGGGUGGGGCACCAGUUGUGAUACAGGGAGUGGCCAGCUUGCCUUUCAUAACCAGAGUUGGAAUAAAUAGUUGCUGUGGACCAGACUGUGAGGGCACUAUUUGGAAUCCACAGAACCCAACACUCUGAAACUAUGAUUCUUCUUUCAGGCCUUGUUGGUGUCUUGCUGGUGCUGACAGCUGAGGCUGGAGUUGGAAAGUCAUCACCAGACAAUUUCUGCACUGAGACAAAAGAAUGCCUUACGUUUGAAAAGAUUUGUGAAACUGAUGAUUAUGAGGUGCGGCACUAUGGCCCUGUGAAAUGGGUCUCCACCAAGGAGGAGUCUUGGUCCAUGGAUUAUGCAUCAAUGAAAGCAUUCGGGCGGCUGUUCAACUACAUCAGUGGUGAAAAUGCAGAAGGGAAGAAGAUUGAAAUGACAGCUCCUGUUGUCGUAGACGUUCCUGAUAAAUGGUUUUGGGAAAAAGGCAUCUAUACAAUGAGUUUCUUGCUGCCAAGUGAUCAUCAGAGCAAUCCCCCUAUGCCUACUGAUAAAGAGGUGUACAUCCAUGAAUCGCCGGAUAUGAAAGUGUAUGUGCAGAGCUAUGGAGGAUGGAUGACGUGCGUAUCAGACGGUUGGCAUGCUCACAGUCUGUGCGAAUCCCUUGACAUGGCUGAUGCAAAGUACGAUAAAGACAUCCACUAUGGUGUUGGCUACAACAGUCCAAUGGCACUAUUCAACAGGCACAAUGAGGUGUGGUAUGUUGUUAAGGGUGAGCCAAUGUGUACCAGCAGCAGUGAGGAAAUUAUGUUAAACUGAGUUUUUCGAGUUCUGUGCUGUAACAGUUUACAUCAGACGGUGUACACACGAGAUUUUGUAGCUAUAGCUUGCUUCAAGACCCAUAGUAUGCAUCAUUAGCAUGACAUUCCAGUGAGACUGCAGAGUUUUGACCUGUUUUUUUCAAUGUGAAUAAACUGAAUAAACCAGGUGUUAUUCGUGACUAUGGGUUUACACUGGCUUGUCUGAUGAUUACCUUAUAUAUCCAAUAAAGCUACUCCUUUGCAUUGA